AUGGACUCCACGGCGGCGGCGGCGGCGGCGGCGGUGCGAGCUUUUUACGACUUCUUGAACGCAAAGGACGCCGAGGGACUGUAUGGCCUCCUGGCUGAGAACAUCGAAUGGGAUUGCAAUGAGAUUGCCACCAGUGCGCAAAAGGCAGGCGUACCCUGGCUGCAGACGGCGAGUGGCAAGCAGGCACUUAUUGAGAUGUCGGCCAAGGGGGCUGCUGUGGAGCUGGACACCAGCAAGUUUCAGUUCUGCCUGAAGCAGGUGUUUGUUUUACAGCAGGUGGUGGUGGACGGUGAUGCUGCAUUCUCAGUCUCAGAGACGACCAUCGCCUGCAGGCGAACAGCAGUUGCUGCGGUACAGUUUGGGUUUGAUGCUGCGGGCAAGAUCAGCAAGUUCCGGCACUGGGUGGACACAGCCAGUAUAGCUGCUGUCAUGCUGAAGCUGAAUUGGUCGAGGCUCGCAUGGUCCCGGAGCCGGCCGCCUGCUGCCGCCAGGUAUGUGCCCUGGGAGGUGGCCAAGGAUGCCAAAAAUGAUAGCGUGCUGGUAGUCGACUGCACCCACACAGGCCUCCCCACCAUGACUCACCACAAGGGCCACCGCAACCCGCCGGGCGGCUGCAGCGACUGCAGCACGGGGCUUGUGCUCGAUGCGCUGGCCGCCACCGGAAGCCUCGGUGCAAUGGUUGCACCCUGGCUCGUCAAGCCGGCUGUCAGCGUGAAUCACUUUGACGCUGAUGCGGUGCUGUCGCUCUGGGCGUAUUGCCAUCAGGACACUGCGCUGGAGCAUAGCGCGCUGCUGCGACAUGCAGCGCGCAUUGGGGAUCUGCGCGAGGCAGGCUUGGGCAGCAGCCCUGAGGCGCUGGCGGCAAGGAGCUGGGACGGCGUGACUUCAGAAGAGCAGGUGCACCACGCGCUAAAGCUAUGCUGCUGGAUUAACACCAUAGAGCGAACACGGUUCUCGCCUCCGUACGUGGACAAGGAUGCAGAUGCCAAGCAUGUUUAUUUCCUAGAGCGCCUGGCGGCAGCGCUAACCACGGAGGGAAUUGCGGAGCUGCGCCAGAUCAGCGAGUGCUGCUACAUGCAGGAGUGGGAGGAGGAUUACAGUUCGGUGCUGGCUGGCUGGCAGCUGAUGGAGGACAUGCGACCCAACUCGGUGCACCGACACGACAACCUUGGCAUGGUCGUUCUUCGGCCGGCCCGACCUUUGAAUUACUACUCUCUUUUCAGCUUCGCCAUUGGUGCUGACACAGUGGUGACUGUGCUGCCGGGAAACCGAUAUGAGGUGGAGAGCAGGUAG